AUGUCCGAUAACGAAAAUUUCGAGGCACUCAAUCCGGAGUGUAAAGAUUCGGACGUGCAAUCGGUCAAAUCGACACAAAGUCACAAGUCAACGGUGCUAUCCGCACCUACACUCAACGUGUCUGUUACGUCAGGACGACAAUCACCUGUGCACUCGGAUGUGGACGAGACAGGUUCUGUCAAAUCCACUCGCUCGUCAAAACGUGCACAAUCGCCCGCACGGCUACCUGACGAGCUCGUGCUUAAAGCCAGAUCGCAAAUCAAUCGCGUUAAGGCACUCACUUUACACUUCAAGCAAAUCAAUAAUUUCCGGGAUAAGGACAGCUCUGCAAUCAACAACUCAGCACUCAACGCACUCGCACUCAUUGGCCAAUCAACAGACAAUUGGGAUUGUCUGCUAGUUUAUUCCACCAUCAAGCAACUCUCAAGCCGCACUGGCGAACUGUGGGAAUCCUCAGUUAGCAAUCAAGCGACAUAUCCAACCUACACGCAACUCAAGGACUUUAUCAGUCAGCGGGCUCGCACUCUCGAGAACACAGAGUCAGCUUGUCAGCAAUCAACUGCCAGCCCCUCAAGCAAUCAGCAAAAUCCAAAAAACUCACUUCACGCCACCGCACGCAAAACUGCCACACAGCCAGCUCAGCAAGACUCGUGUUAUCAAUGUGAUUGCUGCUUUGGAGCGCACUUCAUCACUUCAUGCCAAAAGUUCCGCACUCUGUCACCUCAAGAUCGUCAUGAAGUAGUUAUCCAACGACACAUCUGCAAGAACUGUAUGGGCAGACACAACCUUGCAUCGUGCAAAAGUUCUGCGCGGUGCAAGAUUUGCAAUCGCAAUCACCACUCAAUGUUGCACGAAGCAGCUACAGCAACAACCUCCAAUAACUCAUGUCAAUCCAACCACUCAAUUCAAUCAUCACUCAACUCCGCCACGCACUCAUCAACUGCAAUCACUUUACUAGCUACUGCAAAAGCACUAAUCAUCACGCCGAUUCAGCAAAUCAACGUUAGAAUUCUGAUCGACUCUGGGUCAGAAAUUUCACUCGUCUCUGAACAUCUCAUCACGCAAGCUUCAAUUAAAAGACGCCACUCAUCAGUUACCAUCACGGGAAUCGGCGGUAAGAAUGUCAUUACAUCAAAGGGGUCAGCUGACCUCAUACUCAAGGCAAGUCACUCUGACACAACUGUGCAAAUCGUUGCUCAGAUUUUACCAAUUCUUACUGUCCGUUCACCAUCAUCACGCACGUCAUCUGAACUAUGGACUAAUCCACACCAUAUCAAGCUUGCAGAUCCGAGUUUCUUUCUGCCACAACCAGUGGACAUCAUCAUCGGCGCUGAUUUUUUCGGUCGAAUUAUUAAACCAAACAUCAUCAGGUACCCGUCAAUCACUUCAAUUGCUCAACUUUCAAUUUUCGGUUGGCUCAUCAUUGGACCAGCAGCACUCACAUCAAUUCAGCAGCCUCGUCUCUCACUCAUCACCACCUCAAACACUAGACAAGAAAGCAAUCUCGACGAGUUGCUCACUCGAUUCUGGAUUCAAGAAGAAGUUCCCGAGCAAUCGGUCAGUGAACUGACCCCAGAAGAAGAGCAAUGUGAAACACACUUCAAAACGACACAUCAACGAGACCAAUCGGGGGGAUACAUCGUCCGACUGCCAGUCAUCUCAGAAAAAUUGAAUCUUGGAAAUUCGUACAACUCAGCACAUCGACGGCUACAGCAAAUCAGCAAGAAACUCAACACCAAUCAAGAAUACAAGCAACUCUACACAGAAUUCAUGCAAGUCUAUGAAGUUAUGGGACACAUGACUGCCGUAUCAAACACUCCAACUUCACUCAAUACUGACAACGACAUUGAAUCAGCUGAUUUCACCAACGAGAUGACCUUAGCACAUGACACUUCGGUAUCAGGAGGGUUGAGGGUCGCAAACGGUGAGUCAGCUGUUAAAUGUCACCAGCGUACUCAAUCAGUAUACUAUCUGCCACAUCACGGAGUGUUACGUCCCGACAGUGUCAGCACCAAACUCAGAGUCGUCUUCGACGGCUCGUGUGUCACCUCUUCAGGAAAAUCACUCAACGAUUUUCUGCACAUCGGAGCAAAAAUUCAACUUGAUAUCACCGACGUACUUCUAUACGUCCGACAACACCAAUACAUCGUCUCGACAGACAUUGAGAAAAUGUUCCGGAAAAUCAACGUACAUCCAGACGACUGGGACUUGCAACGCAUUCUUUGGUUCAAUAAUAAUGAAGAGAUUAUGUCAUAUCAUCUCACCACAGUCACCUACGGCACGAGAUCAGCACCGUUCCUUGACGUCCGAGUCCUUCAACAACUCGUGGAGGACGAAGGAAAAAAUUAUCCACUCGCAGUACCUGCACUCAAGUACGGCAGAUAUGUCGACGAUAUUUUCGGCGGAGCUGAUAACACUUCUGAGCUAAAAGCAAUCGCCAAUCAAUUAAAACAAAUCUGCACGGCGGGUGGUUUCCCACUCGCCAAGUGGCAAUCAAGCAGCGAAGAAGUACUUAAUUUCAUUUCACCAGCUGGAGCAUGUGAUGAACCGCACCAGCUUGGAGACUGCACGAGCAAACUGCUAGGAUUGUACUGGCACAAUCUUAGAUUCAUCAUGAAAAGACACUCGGACAAUCAAAACAAGUCCUCCAAACGAUCAAUCUUAUCUGAGGUGGCUCAGAUCUUCGAUCCACUGGGAUUUUUAUCACCGCUCACAAUCAAGGCAAAGAUGCUGCUGCAGGAAUUGUGGUUGCAAAAAAUCGGUUGGGAUCACCAGGUCCCGUCGAAAGUAUUGCAAUCAUGGCAAUCACUCCAACUCGAACUACAACAAAUCGACACACUCAAUAUUCCACGCUGGAUUAACACUUCAAAGGUCACGAAUUACGGUUCACCGCACGCAGAGGCUUCUGCCACACUCUUUACUCAGACUGCGUCACAACAUUUCUUGGUGCAGAUGCCACACUCAAAAAAUUAUUCACUCAAGGAUCAUCAGAAAGCACAUCAAUCGCUUCACUCCUACUGGAUGACGGCACUCAGUGCCAAUUCAAUCCACCUGCAGCACCGCACAUGGGCGGCAAGUGGGAAGCAGCGGUAA